UAUUAAUUCUGACCAAAAACAGAAACAUAUCUCCCACCUCGGAAUUCUUAUUAAAUAAUCAAGGUAAAGAAAAAAAAAAACUCCACACACCCAUAUAUAAUAAAACCAUAUAUAUCCAUACAUACUAGAGUGAUCACACAAAAUCCAAAAAAUGGCGAAACCCAUCCUCCAAAAAAAACCAUCAAUUUGUUGGAGGUUAUGCAUUUCGGCAGCGGCAUCACUUGUAAUAUUAAUUCCAAUAUUGACCUUGGCCGAUCCAUGGCUCCGAUUCUCAUCCCGCAUCGAAUCGAAGGGUCCGACGUUCUACGACGACCCGGAAACCGUAUACACGACGGAUAAGGCCGAGAGCGAGUGGGACGAGAAAAGAGACGAGUGGUUGAAAGUCCAUCCCCAAUUCUCAAAAUCGGAGAAUCGCGUGUUUGUGAUCACGGGGUCUCAGCCGUCGCCAUGCAGCAAUCCAUCGGGAGACCAUUUGCUAUUAAGAUUCUUCAAGAACAAGGUGGAUUACUGCAGAAUCCACAGCUACGGAAUCUUGUACAACAACGCGUUCCUGCAGCCGGAGAUGCGGUCGUACUGGGCGAAGAUACCGGUGAUCCGGGCGGCCAUGGUGGCCCACCCGGAGGCGGAGUGGCUGUUCUGGGUGGACUCGGAUGCGAUCUUCACGGACAUGGAGUUCGCGGUGCCGCUGGAGAGGUACAAGGAUCACAACCUGGUGGUCCACGGCUGGCCCGACAUGAUCUACGAGAAGAAGAGCUGGGUGUCGCUCAACGCCGGCGUGUUCUUGAUCCGGAACUGCGGGUGGUCGAUGGAGUUCCUGGAGGCGUGGGGCGGGAUGGGCCCCAAGAGCCCCAGGUUCAAGAGAUGGGGGGAGAUGCAGAGAGCCACGCUCAAGGACAAGAUGUUUCCGGACUCCGACGACCAGUCGGCGCUGGUGUACCUGAUGUUGAAGGGGAAGAGGAGGUGGAGGGAGAGGAUCUACGUGGAGAAUGAGUACGCGCUGCAUGGCUACUGGAUCGGGAUCGUCGGGAGGUUUGAGGAGCUGGGGAGGAGGGAGGGGCGGCGGCGGCGGCAUGCGGAGGUGGACGUGGAGGUGGCGGUGAAGGAGAGGAGGCCGUUCGUGACGCAUUUCACGGGGUGCCAGCCGUGCAGCGGGGAGCAUAACCCGGCGUAUGAGGGGGACUCGUGCAGGGUCGGCAUGGAGAGAGCGCUUAAUUUUGCGGAUAAUCAAGUCUUGACCAAUUAUGGCUUCGUGCACCCGGAUUUAGGGAAUGCCUCCCUUGUUACACCUUUGCCAUUUUAUUAAUUUACCAACAACAUUUACUUUUUUCUUCUUACGAAUUUUUUUAAUACUACCUAACUCUGCUCUUUCUGAUUUUCUAUUCGAGGAUAUCAAC